CGUAGAAACGCUGGUAAGGAACCUUAACAGCAGAAAAUAAAUGAAUAAGGUAAAAGCAUAUUACCAAACGGCGCUUCGAUCACUUAAAAUUCUGGUACAAGAUCUGUUUCAUUACUUUUAUAUAUUUUUUGCAAUUGUGUUUCUUUCUGUUAAUUCAAACCUACAGAAAUUAGUUAACCUAAACCGUAUUAAGUGUUACUUGUUUACUGUUUGGUGUCAUUGAGAUACUGAAAUAAAAUAGAAGUUACAAUGGUCAUGGAAGAACAGCAUUCUGAUAUGGAAUUAGCAGCAGAAAAAAUUCCAGUACCACAAGUACAAAAACCAAUUGAAAUGCCAUUAGUCGAAACAAAUAAUCAAGUAAAAGGUAUAUCACAUAAUAAACCAAGAUUUAGAAAAAGAGCGUUGCAUGCAGCUAUACUUAAACAAAUGGAAUUUUAUUUUUCCGAUGCAAAUUUAACUAAAGAUCGAUUCUUAGGAAACCUUAUUAAGGAAGAUCCAUAUAUUGAUCUCAGUGUCUUUAUUAGAUUCAACAAAAUCCGAGAAUUAACCACAGAUAUAAACAGGAUAGCUAAAGCACUCCAAGCAUCAACAAUGUUAUCUAUUUCUGAAAAUGGCUUAAAAGUUCGUCGUAUAACUCCAAUCAAACAAAAGAAAAAUACAGAAGACUGUACAGUAUAUGUUCAAAAUUUACCACCAGGUGCUACUCAUGACUGGUUAAAUUCUAUUUUUUCUCAAUACGGAAAUGUUGCAUAUGUUUCUUUGCCUCACUACAAGAUCAAUAAAAAAAUAAAAGGGUUUGCUUUUGUGGAAUUUGAUACACCAGAAGAAGCUGAAGAAUGUCUUAAGGAUUUUAAAAAAAUGGAUUGUCUUUUACCUUCACAUACAAAUCCUGAUGAAAUUUUAAGUAUUACUACUUUUGAUAAUGCUGAAAAAGAUGUAAAUAAUGAAAGUAAAGUGAUAAAAAGAAAACAGGAUGAAACUAAUUUGUCUAGUGAUAUACAUUCAAAAGCAAAGGAGUCUCGUAUUGAAAUAAAAAGUGAAAAGAAGGAGAAUAAACUAACAGAAGAAAAUAGCACUGAAUCAAAAAAGAUAAAAAGAAAACACAGCUCUGGAACUGAUGAAGAUACUAAAAUUGCAGAUGACAAGAUUAUGCUAGAACCAGAUAGUAAAAAAUUAAAAAAAUACAAUAAACAUGUAAAUGAAACUACAAAUAAUUAUUCACAUGAAAUUGAACCGAGAAAUGAAAUUACAAAUAAUCAUAAUGAAACUACUAAUAAUCAUUCACGUGAAAUUGAACCUAUAAAUGAAACUACAAAUAAUCAUUCAUGUGAUAUUGAACCUAAAAAUGUAAUCUCUAAUGAGAGUAAUGUUUUAGAAAAAUCAGAUGAAAUAAAUUUAGACGAAGUAAGCGAAGAAAUAAAUGAACUAUCAAAAAAAUCAAAGAAAAAGUCUAAAAAAUCGAAAUCCGAAAAUGACAUUAAUGUUGAUGAAAUUUCAAACAAUGAUAAUAAAAGUGAUAAUGUAGCUAUAGAAAAUCUUAAAGUGACUGAUGAUAUCGAUAAUGAAGAAGCUGCAAUGGAUAAAAAAAAGAAACGUAAACGUAAGAGAAAAAGUAGGAUUGAUGAUAAUAAUAUAAGCAAUAUGGGAUUACAAAUAAUGGCUAAAAAACAUUGGAAGCAUUUAAGAAAUAAAUAUUUAGAAUUGCAAAGAAGCAAAAUGAAACAAUUGAAGCAACAUUUGAAAAAGACAAGAGAUCAAUGGAACAAUUUUGAUAAGACAAAAUCAGAUAAAGAAGAAAUUGAAGAGAAAGAAAAAAUAUCUAACAUAGACAAAACUACUAUGCGUUCAUUUUCUUUUACACCAGGAGUAAUAGUAAAGAUUAAAUUAGAUGAACCGUGCACUGAUGCAAGAAGUUUAAAGGCGGAGUUGAAAGGUAAUAACAGUAUAAAAUACAUAGACGUGUCAGAAGGUGCAAGUGAAGUGUAUGUUAGAUGUGACACACCGGAAUCAGCUCAAUCAUUUGUUCAAAAAUCUAAUAAAGAAAAUAAUAUGGUUGUACUAAAAGACGAUGAUGAACGUAUCUAUUGGGAUAAAAUAUUACAAGAUAGAGAAGAAAAAUUAGGUAAAAAGGUUAGAGUUAAACAAAGAGGGAGAAGUAAACUUCUUAAGAAAGCAGAGAAAGAAUUAGGGAAACAUAUUAUAUUUGAUGAAGUUGACUAAAUUUAUGAUUUCUGGUAUGCAUCGCAAACAUAUGUUCUUAUACAUAUAAAUGAAAAUAUUUUUUUUUUGUUACGAUAUACAUUAAAUAUUAUUUUUCUUUGUAAUGUAAUAAUUAACACAUUGAACGUGGAGUCGAUUUUGCUCUGCUUUCCGUUUAAAUGGCACACUGCAACUAUUACUCAGUAAAGUGUUCGGUUAUAAAGUAUAAAUAAAACAUAACACACACUGUCGCAGUGAUGAUUGUCUUUCAUUGUCUUUUUGGGCUACGGGAUUAGAGUAGCUAAUGUAGAAAUAUAAAAAGUAUAAAUAAAAGAUAAUCACUAUAUCAAUCCUUAAGGAAUGACGACGCGCUUAAUGUGUUAACCAUUUGAAUGCUACAGAUCUCUACAAAAAUCGGAUCGAAAAAUGCCGAACAGCGAAAUAGAAAUCUGUUAGAAUAAUGAGAAAAUAUAUCGAAUGUGUAAUUACUUUCGAUUACUAGUUUGAUGUGCUAGUACUUUUAGAUGUGGAACAGAAGAAGUGCGACGCUUGUCACUCAAACGGUUAAAGAUUAUAAAAUCAAAUGAAUAAUAAUUAAAACUUUAAAAUA